GUUUUCAAAAGUGAUUGGGAUAUUGGUUAGGACAAUAUUAUAUUAUUAUUAUUUUAUCCAUCCCCAUUUAUACACUUUUGAUGCUUACCGAUGGACCCAGACUUUGGAAUAAUGCAUUUGGUGGAGCCUGGGCAGUUGAAAGCAUCAAACUUUAUAACCAUAUUUCUGUCGUCAGAUUAUAACAAAAAAACAUACUGUCAUUGUGUUUACAGCUGUUGCACUGAAAAUGACUGUGCAAAACAUGACGACUUCGAUAUUAUUAGUUCCACAACCAAUAAUCUUCAAUAUGAUGCGUGUUUUCAUAAAAGUCCAGAUUGUGAAAACCAAAAAUCUGUCAUUGACUUAAUCUGGACUAAGCGUUUAUUAGAAAACCCAAGGUUAUUUAAUGCCACCAAGUUCAGAAUUCAUCAUGUUGCAAAUUGUGAUAUGGAAAAAGACAAGAUCAACAUGUACUUGGGUGUUACUGAUUACAAGGAAUUUAUUGGAUCAAACUGGGCCCCAAAUGCUAAAGAAAUACAAGGAAAGGGUAUUGAGCUUCACAAUAAUUCUCAAGCAUUUUUAUCUGAUGCUUUGGGUGUAGGAGCCAGUGUUCUAACUACUGAUAACAGGCUUAUAUUACUUAAAAGAAGUGACCAUUGUGGAGAAGCACCAGGUUUGUGGGAUGUACCAGGUGGACAUGCUGAACCCAUGGUGAACACUUUUUCUUUAUUAUGCAUUAAUAUCUGUCAAUCACAAUAAUUGUUUGUAUUUUUAUUAACCAAUGCCAACAUUUUUAUGCUAAAUUUGGAUUAUAUUAUAUGACAUAUAAUACGUUGCAUGCUUAUGGAUAGUAGCACCAUGUAUCCAAAUUUACCAAAAAAUACAUUACUUCCAAUGAUACAUUACCUCCCAUUUCAUUAAAGUUUUAAGUUUAAGAUUUGUUUUUAUUUUAAAAGAAGAUAUUUGUGAAUAAAAAACACUGUGCAGGGGUAGAUCCGAAAGAAGACAAAAUAGAAAAUGUAAUUGUUUGCUCAAAAAUCAUUUUUCUGCUAACAAAAUAACAGUUUAAGUGAAAAAUUAAGAUAAAAAGAGCUUCUUAUAAAGCUGUGGUCUGUUGAAAAGUCAGAGAGGACACUGCAACUGAUGAUAGUGUUUUUUGGGUUUUUUUUUAUAGGUUUUAUUUUUGUCAAUGGCUUGGUGUUUUACAUUGAAAACAUUGUCUCUUUUUUUUUUUUUUUAAAACCUCCUUUCUUCUAGCAUUUCAUAAUUUUAGAGCAUAAUCCUGUGUGUGAUUCAUAAUUUGUUGUUUACCCAUGUGACAUUUUAAGACUUUUUUAUGCAGUGUUCACCUGGUGAACAGCUGGAAAAGAAUACUGUGUGCUUAGGAGGCAGGUGGACGUGCUAAAAUUAUCAUGGUUGAUAGUGUCUGCUUCAUUGAAUGAAGGAGUGGGUGGGUGAGCUAAGAUCUACUUUUAUUUAAGUUUAAGACGUACUUUCUACUCUUAUUGCCAUCUUGUGUGUAGAGGGUUAUUUUUCUGUAUGCACACAUGACUGAACAAAGGCGCUCAUUGUCUUAUUGUUACCUGUAAGGUUGAAUCUGAGUUGUGUCAACACAGCGUCUGCUUUGUUCAGUGAAUGGCAGGUGAAAAAGGGGUGGGAGAGGUAGGUUAGGUCAUACCAGAGCUGUGGGAUUUUAUUAAUUAAUUUUUUUAAGUAAAUACUUCUUUUGUCGAUAAUAUGUAAAUUAAAAUUUUAAUACAGUACUAAAAAGGAGCAAAUUUAAAAAAAUUUUAAAAGACUUUCUAUCAAAGGCGAGUUUAAACCAUUAAAAAAUUUAUUUUAAAAACAUAUUUAAGUUGCAUCUACAUUCAAUUCAAAUCCUUUGGCUAAUUAGAGUUCUCAUCUACCUUCCUGCACAGUCCUACUUUACGUUUUAAGAAAUUUUAAAUUAUUUUCUGCUUUAAUUUGUUUUAUCUGAUCUUUGAUUGAUGGUUUCUUCAUUUUUAAAAAAAUAAAAGAUAUUUGCCAAAUACAACUACAGGUAUAAGAUACACCAUUUCAAUAUUCCAUUUUAUAUUGCUGAGAAAUAAGUCCUAAUGCAAAAUAACAUUUCUUUUAUAACAAAUUAUUUAUAUUUUCUAGAAAAUAGUUGGGGACAAAAACCUUGAAGAGAUUGAUGUGUCAUCCAUGGAUAGCAGUGCAGUUCUUCAUGAAGUGUUUGAUUCUAUCAUUCGAGAGAUUGUAGAUGAAGUAAAUAUACCAUUAGACCAAUUAGGAGAGGCAUUCUAUAUGGGAACCCAUCGCAAUAAACAGAGUGCUGGAAGGCCAAGUUUGGCUUUUGUUGUUAAGUAAGAAGAUAACUAAACCAAAAUACUAAUCUUUUCAGAUAAAAUUUUUUUGAAUGAAUAUAUAUUCAUAAUAAAUUAAAUAAUGUAGGAAAGACAACUAUAGGCAUAGGUUUUUUAACUACAAAUACAAGCGGGGCAAAAACUGCAAUUAUGGCCAAAAUUAACUGGGGAAAACCAGUGUAAUGGUGCCAACAAAAAUGAUGUGAGCGUACAAAAUUAUCUGACAAAUGUUGCCUGUGAUCAGCAAAAUAGUAUGUAGAAUAAAUAUUUGUAGAUUUUAGUAUUCAUGUCCACUAUAAAAUAUGUUAUGUCUUUCUCCUAUACAGAUGUUCCUUGUCUAGUGAAGAGGUCCAAGCCUUGUACAAGCAAGGAAGUCAACAAGAAGCCGAAGAGACAACAAAUAUCCUGUUACCAUCUUUAGAAGAAGUUGCCGUAAUGGCCAAAGAAAAGAAUAAUUUAUGGAAUAAUUUGGCACCAUCUGCCAAAGGCAAUUUGACAAUUUUUUGUUUAGUAUAUUUAGGGCUGUGUAGAGAAUUUUUGGGCUCCGAGUUAUUCCAAACUUUUGGGCCCCCACAAAUUGCAAAAUAAUUGAGCCAAACAUUUUGUGAAUUUGAGACAAAAAUACUUUAUUAAAAAACUACAAAAGUGCUCUUCUUGCCCUUAUUUUGCAAACUCAUCAAUGAUAGAAAAAUCAAGCCUCCCUGCAUAAAUAAACUCAAUAGUAAAUACGGGCAGAUGACUGGUUCUUUUUUUUUUGACCCAUAGUUUACCUCAGGAAAUAUUUGAUCAAUACUAAAUUACCUCUCUGUUGUUGCAGUACCGGUAAUUGGAAUUGAACAACAAAACAAUGCAAUGCAAAUAUCACAUUUCCAAAAAUUUCACACAGCUUUAAUUGGAAAUUUUGUUCAACCAAUUUAUUGGUUCUUGGUGGGAUGAAAUUAUUUCAAAUGCCAUGAUGACACAUGAAAGAUGUCAUAUAUUUAUAGCUCACUUUACUUUGUACAUCUCUUUAGACUCGGGUUCAGAUGAAAAACUUACUUCAGAGCUUCAACUUCAAUUAUUCCAGGCAAGUGUUUGGAGAAGGUCGAACACUAUCAAGUCUUUCAGUCCAUUAAGUCCCAGAAAGGCAAUGUAGCAAAAGUCAUUUUCUGUAGUAUUUCACAGUGCUGUUGACUUGAUGAAAAAAGCGUACAGUUUGAACAACUCAAAAAAAAUGUGUCUGCAUUUGUGUAGCUUGAAGCUGCAUUCAAUCCACAUAACUUUAAUUAGUGACAUCCACAUGGUGAAAAGACAAGCAAUACCCACUGCCUGAAAUCCUUUAUAAUUUCUAGCCAUGUAAUGUAAGCACCAUUAUAUCCCUGACUCUGAAAUCUACAAAUGGAAUUUUCAAUGCUAUAAGAGUCUCAAUGACCAAUUCAGCCACACCAGAUCCAUUUUUUGUUUAACUAUCAGCGACUGUAAAAAAUCUCUCCAGUUUCAGGUUCUACAAACAUAUAAUUGUAUAAUAAAUUUGGUUUGUUUAGUGUGGCUCACAUCAGGUGUAGCAUCAACUAUGAUUGAGAAAUAUUUCACUGAUUCACGCUAACACACAGUUUUUAUUUUUUGAGCUAACACACACUUUUUAUUUUGGGACUGUUUAGAGAAAUAGUACUGUGUAGGCCUAGAGUUAUUCACAGUUUUGUUUUACCUAUUGAAUUUUCAUCGCAGGUAUUUUGAGGAUUGGAUCAUAAUGGGAAAUCAGUGCCAGUGUUCCCAGAAAAUUGUGAGAUUCUUCAGUCAGGUUAGAUUUUCCAUGAAGAGCCAAUCCAUGUUCAUCAAGAAACAAAAAGACAUAUAUAUUAAAAAGACAUAUAUAUUUCCUUCCAGAAUUUCUCUCCAUCCUGCAGCUUCAAUCAAGAUCUGAUUACUUAAACUUAAAAGAGAUUAAACAUAUUGGUUUGUCUUCACUCCUUAUUUCAAUUUGUACCAUGUGAUGUAAAAAGCCUUGUUAGACUUUGAUAGUCCAUGCUCUGGAAUGUGAGUGAUGAGAUUCUUCCCACUUCUUUAGUUUCCCAUCUUGAGAUUGUUGCAAGUGCUGAAAUUCUGCCACUUUGCUGCUCUGAACAAAAUUAUUUAACAUGGCAAACAAAAAAGAGUCUGUUUUGCUUGGCUAAAUGCAAGCCUUGAAGUAAAAUUCCUGAUAUGGCCUUUCAAAAUUUGGUAGCCCUGGUAGAAAAGAUUAGAAUCUCCAAUUGAGCCAAGGAAAAUUUGUGAUACAUUAAACAUUAAAUUUUGGGCAUUUUCUAUUAGUUCCUUUCAAAAAAAAAUUGUGUACUUUAAACUAAUAUUUUAACAUGUUUUGAAUAAAAAUGUCUGACAUAGUUCGAGGGCUUCAUUUCAUUGGUAUAUAGCACAUCAAUACAAUUACACACAGGGGUUUUGGUCUCAGUACCAUCAUCCUACCCGUUUCACCUUCAGGGUGCAGGUAAAUUGCAUAAAUAUUAUGCAAACUUCCACAAGUUUUGGUCCGAAAAGUAUGGAACAUUGGUGACUCUUUUGGUUACAUGGAUUCCAUCGCCCUGUCUAACUGUUAUCUUGGCAUCUCCAUCCCCCCAUGCGGCCAGGGCCCAGAGUGAUAUACUUGAUUGCCUCUGCCCCUGCACGCCCUCUGCGUUCAUGUAUUCAAAUAAUUUAAUCAAUUAAUACUGGGGUGAAGUUUUUGAAUGCAUAUACAAUAUUCAUUAUUGAUAAAAUAACUAAGUGAAAAUUAAUUGGUUCUGUUGAAUUGUAACAUUUAAUUUAACAAGCAAUAUACUACCUGUAGCUUAUGCAUUCAUUUCAAUUUAGGUUAACUGGGAUGCAUAUUUUUAUUAGAUUAAUUUUUAUGAAUUUUUUAUUUGUUUUGUUUUCAUUUUAUUGGUUCAAAAUGAAAUAUCUACUUACUGUUAUAGCUCAGUGAUGGCCAGCCAGUUGGCCACAUGGGACCCUGCACAAUUAAUUUGGGGCCCUUCAGAUGGAAGAUGACAC